AUGGAAAAACUUCCAGAUGAACUGCUUGAUAUUAUUGCCGACUGCCUGCCACCGGAGGCUCUCGCUCCUUAUGCGACGCUGUCGAGCCGAUGGCAGUCAACAAUCGAACGACGCACAUUCUAUCGUCUUCAGAUCAGCAGUGCCGAUGAAGAUAUGGACUGCUUUACACUUUCCAUUACACCCUCUCGAAUCAGGUACCUCAAGCAAUUGUACUUGACCAUUCUAGUUCCGUUUCACGAAACGCGCAUCAUAUCGGCGGAAGGGCAGGAGGCGCGCUUCAGUGCCGCCUUUACCGACGCGUUGCGAAAACUGUUCCAGGCUUUGGCUGGGACUGAAUCAAGUAUUCAAAAUGCAAGCACGUCUCAAGGUAUAGAAAGUUGGAUCCAUUUCUUUAUAAGCGAAGUCAAAUCGCCCGUGGAUAUCUGGGACGAGCUCAAUGGGUAUCUAACGCGUCGUAUUCAACUGGUCGAGUAUGAGUCUUUGCCAUUUGUCCAAUGUGUAUCCCGCUUGGGAAUUUAUGAUCCUCAACGAAAGUUCGCACUUCGAACGGCCAUUGAGCUCUCUACAAGACUUCCAAACCUUUGUGGCAUGGAGCUGGAAAAGACCAUCCAGGAUAAAAUGUUUAUAUUCGCCUCUAACUUUCGACUGCUUUGGGACUCCCGUAAAGAUCUUGCAGAAGCCUUUGCAAAAGCAGACAACCUCUCAGGAAGCCAUUUACGUCACUUCACUGUGCUCACCGACGAGCUCGAGCCAAGGGAUGGCUUGUUCAAGCCCGUUUCUGACUUUCGCAACUACUAUGCAAUUACGCUGGAACCGUCAUACGACCCCCUCGGUGUUGCAAUUCGCACUUUAUCCCAGAAUCUCACCUAUCUCAAUCUGAGCGGAACCUUUGAUGUCUCUUUAUUUUGGCCUACGCAAGCUGAAAUCGACGGGACCAUCACAAGAACAUCAUCAAUCUCCCUGCAAUGGCCUUGUUUAAAGCACAUGAUUAUCAAGCUUGGACUCUGCACUCCGAACGGAGAGUGGUACUUCAAAGCAAAACCCCGCGUAGGGCACCGGAGGAGCACCAGGCUGCGGCCGAUGAACGUCCCUGUUGAUGACGAGCUUCAACAUGUAUUUGCCUCGUGGUCAAAGGCACUAUCCCACAUGCCUGUUCUUAGAUCAGCCACGAUAUGGUUCCAUUUGGAAAUGACGCCACAAAAGCCAUCUGAAGAGCGCUACUUUGACAAGUGGGUAGUCGGCUUCCAUGCUCCUGGCGAAAUUCCCGACCCAACAAUCUUCACUUCUCACAACGCAAAGGUUACCAUGGAAGAGUUAUAUAACUCAAGGUUGGUGUUCGAGCGAACGGAUGGCUGGAGACCAACGACAAACACCAUGGAAAGGCUGCAAAAGAUGGCGAAAGAUAGGUUUGCACAAACAAACUUGGUGGAAAUUGAUGUGAAUAUACUGGGUAAUGUCACUCGCAAAUGA